UAAAACCACCCCCUGAUUUGGGGCCCGACGUUCCAAAAGAAACCUCAUCGUCAUUGACUCGUCUUCUCGCUACCGAAUACUUUUCCGAUCCAAGUUGCUUCGAAUCCCAAUCUUUUUAGUAUUGGAGAAAUGGAAUCCCUAAUUUGAUCAGACGCCGCUACCCAUGGACGGCGAGUCGUUUCCUGGCCACAAGCUCUGCGGUUACUUGUGCACGGUUCUUACUGUCAAUCCUCCGCCUCCACAACCCGAGACCCUGAAUUUUAACGCUCGUUGUGAAAUUUUCCGAGACGGUUCUGAGGUUGGUUUCAGCUCAGAGAAUGGCGUCGUACUCUACCCGGUCGAUUCCAUAUCCAAUCCGGCCCCGAACGCUGACGUUCCGUGUUCCGAGCAAUGCAAGCGGAAGAGGAGGGUGCGAAAUAUCGGGCAGGUGCAUGGGAGCAUAAGCGUGGUGCACCAGCUUCACGCCCUGGUUACGCACAAGUGCGUGAAGAUCAAUGCUCGCGUGGUUUGGUUUGGGACUCGUGGUGGUGAUAAUGGUGAGGCAAGGGCCGUGGUUCUGGUCGACGUGUACCUGCCAAUGGCGGUUUGGAGUGGGGGGCAGUUUCCGAGGUCCGGAGCUACCGCCGGUGCGCUGUUUAGGCACUUGAGCUGCGACUGGGGGGAGAGAAUGUCGAUGCUUGCUAGGGGAGAGUAUUACAUAGAAGCUUAUGAAACUGAGAAGAGCAUUUGGAAUCUUUCUGAUUGUCAUGUUCUUGGAUGCAAGCUUCAUUACAAUGUCAGUGAUUCUUCAAAAAGAAGGCUAUUUGAACUUCAUGAAACUUUUAAGAGCUUACCUAGUGUCACAAAGAAGCUACUGCCAGGUCCUUCAAGAAUGAUGCCGGUAGAUGACUCUCAUAGAUCUGGCAUAUGGGAGGUAUCGGAUGACAUUUUGAUUAGCAUACUAGCUAUGCUUGGCCCAGUGGACCUUUAUAGGGUUGCAGCAACCUGUCGCCAUCUAAGAUCCCUGACUGCAUCAGUCAUGCCAUGUAUGAAAUUAAAACUGUUUUCUCAUCAGCAGGCUGCAAUUGAAUGGAUGUUGCAGCGUGAGCGCGAUGCAGAAAUUUUGCCACAUCCUUUGUACUCAGCUUUCUCAACUGAAGAUGGAUUUAGUUUUUAUGUAAAUAUUGUUUCUGGUGAAAUAGUCACUGGCAUGGCUCCCACUGUCAAAGAUUUCCGUGGGGGUAUGUUCUGCGAUGAACCUGGCUUAGGCAAGACUAUAACUGCUCUUUCACUUAUUCUGAAGACACACGGAAUGUUAGCAGAUCCACCAGAUGGGGUACAGGUAAUCUGGGGCACACAUAAUGGCGACAGGAAAUGUGGUUAUUAUGAACUUUGUGGUGAUAAUGUCACUCUUGGCAACACAUUUUUGGACAGAAGGGAUGUAAAUCAGAAUGUUCGAAAAAACAUGGAGGACGGGAACCACUUUUCACCUAAAAGAGCCAGGUUAGUGGUUUUUGAUGACCAAUUCGCAGGAUUUGACGAUCCAAGUCCUAGUCAAGGAAUAAAAACACCUAUAUCUGCAUGCUCUGAACGGGCAAUAUCUGUGGUUCAAUGCUCUAGGGACUUGAGCUGCAUCAAGAAAAACCUUCUUUCUACAUAUGAGGGAGCAACUGGUUUUUCAAAGCAAAGGAAGCUUGGAGAUGAUUCUAGUAAAAGGAGGCAUGCUUCUAUUGUUCCAGGAGAUUGCUCUCACACAAAGCAAGAUGGUAGGUUUUAUGGUGUAGCAAAGGGUUGCAAGAGGCCUGCGAAGGCUUCUGCCGAUCAUCUCGAGUAUAAUGACACCUGGGUCCAAUGUGAUGCUUGUUAUAAGUGGCGGAAGCUUGGAGAAACUAGGGUAGCUGAUGCUGGUGCAGCAUGGUUUUGUAGUAUGAAUGCUGAUCCUUUAUUUCAGUGUUGUAGUGUUCCUGAAGAGUCUUGGGAUAAUUGCAGCUUGAUAAGAUACUUACCGGGAUUCUACAGCAAAGGAGCCUCUGGGGGCGAGGAACAAAAUGUUUCGUUCUUUACCAGCGUGCUUAGAGAGCACUAUCAAUUGAUUGAUUUGGAAACAAAGAAAGCCAUAACUUGGUUGGCUAAGCUUUCUUUGGAAAAGCUCUCACAAAUGGAAUCAAUUGGCUUACGAAGUCCUUACUUGGGAACUUGUCGUGUGCCUGUUGGAAACAUCCAUGGUUUCCAUAGAAUAUUUCAAGCAUUUGGUCUCAUAAAGGGAGAAGAAAAGGGUAUUUGUAGGUGGUAUUAUCCCCGAGAUCUUGACAACUUGGCCUUUGAUGUGGCUGCUCUCAGGAUUGCUCUUUGUGAGCCACUGGAUUCCAUCAGGUUAUAUUUGUCUAGAGCAACCCUAAUUGUUGUGCCAUCAAAUCUAGUUGAUCAUUGGAAAACCCAAAUUGAAAAGUAUGUCAGUCCUGGUCUGUUGCGUGUAUUUGUUUGGACAGAUAAUAGGAAGCCUUCUGCACACUGGCUAGCAUGGGAUUUUGACAUUGUCAUAACGACCUUUAAUCGUUUAAGUGCAGAGUGGGGCCCCCAUAAGAAAAGCGUUCUGCUGCAAGUGCAUUGGUUUAGAGUCAUAUUAGAUGAGGGACACACCCUUGGCUCAAGUCUGAACUUGACAAACAAAUUACAAAUGGCUGUUUCGUUGGUGGCCUCAAAUCGGUGGAUAUUAACUGGAACUCCAACUCCUAACACGCCCAACAGUCAACUGUCACAUCUUCAGCCAUUGCUUAAGUUCCUUCGUGAGGAAACAUUUGGACAGAAUCAAAAGUCAUGGGAAGCUGGAGUUCUUAGGCCAUUUGAAGCAGGAAUGGAGGAGGGGCGGUCACGUUUGUUGCAUUUACUUUGUAAGUGCAUGAUUAGUGCAAGAAAGUUGGAUUUGCAAAAUAUUCCCCCCUGCAUCAAGAAAGUAACUUUUCUCAAUUUUACUGAGGAGCAUGCAAGAAGUUACAAUGAAUUAGUAGUUACGGUGCGGCGCAAUAUACUAAUGGCUGACUGGAAUGAUCCUUCUCAUGUUGAGAGUCUACUGAAUCCCAAGCAGUGGAAGUUUCGAAGUGCAACUGUCAGGAAUGUCAGGCUAUCUUGCUGUGUGGCUGGACAUAUUAAAAUGAGAGAUGCUGGCGAAGAUAUUCAGGAAACAAUGGAUGUUUUAGUUGAGAAGGGUCUGGAUCCUACUUCGGAAGAUUAUGCUUACAUAAAAUACAAUCUCCUCUAUGGUGGGAGCUGUGUAAGAUGUAAGGAAUGGUGCCGUUUGCCUGUCAUUACACCGUGUAGGCAUCUUUUGUGCAUUGAUUGUGUUGCUUUGGACAGUGAAAAAUGUACCUAUCCAGGAUGUGGUAAUUCAUAUGAGAUGGAGACUCCUGAUGUUCUUGCCCGGCCAGAAAAUCCUAACCCAAAAUGGCCUGUCCCCAAAGAUCUUAUUGAGUUACAACCAUCGUACAAACAGGAUAACUGGGAUCCUGAUUGGCAAUCAACAUCAAGCAGUAAAGUCGCUUAUCUUGUUCAGAGCUUGAAAGCUUUGCUGGAAGGUAAUAGAGAGGUGUCUCACUACACGGGUGCGGGAAAAAACACCAAGUGCAUGGACCAGCUACUUUCUUCCUCUCAGAUGACUGAUGGGAAAAUGAGCACAGAUACUCCGAAAAUUAGUCUGGAGAAAGUUCUAAUUUUUUCUCAAUUUCUUGAGCAUAUUCAUGUCAUUGAACAGCAGUUAACUUUUGCAGGUAUUAAAUUUGCUGGGAUGUAUAGUCCAAUGCAUUCUAGCAACAAGAUGAAGGCACUUGCCACGUUCCAGAAUGAUGCAAGUUGUAUGGCACUUUUAAUGGAUGGGAGUGCUGCUCUGGGGCUUGAUUUGAGCUUUGUAACGCAUGUGUUCCUAAUGGAACCUAUUUGGGACAAAAGUAUGGAGGAACAAGUUAUUAGCCGUGCUCAUAGGAUGGGUGCUACUCGUCCUAUCCAUGUGGAAACGUUAGCUAUGCAUGGUACAAUUGAAGACCAAAUGGUGGAGUUCUUACAGGAUGCUGAUGGCUGUAGAAGAUUCUUGAAGGGAGAGUAUGGAAAACCUGAUUGUGAAGGGCCACGAACUCGUCGAACGUUGCAUGAUUUUGCUGAGAGCAAUUAUCUCUCUCAGCUUAGUUUUGUCCGCACUAACCUGAAGAUCUAAAGGUUUCGUAUCAUUCUUUCACCAUAUAUUGUUAUCAUGGUGAUUUAUCUGUUUAUUCUGUACAGUGAUAGCUUGAAAUAUUCCAAGGACAUACUGCCACUGUCAUUCUUUCUAUUUACAAUUAUUUCAUGGAUUAAACUAGCAUGAGAAUUUUGUUA